UGUUGAAUUUAGAUAGAUAUAUAGAAAAACAUUUCUUUAUUUAGGCAGAUGUUACGAUUAUUUCAGUCUGACGCCUGUCGUUGAGCUGUGCUGCUGCAUGUCUACGAUUUGACUCACAUUUCAUCAUCUUCUAUCAUUUAUAUAAACAGAAAAUGCCGUCUUACACUCAGGAAGGAUUUGCAACAAAGGCGAUUCAUGCUGGUCAGGAUCCUAAACAAUGGAGUCAUUAUUCAGUAAUUCCACCUUUAGUAAUGUCAACAACUUUUCAACAAGAUGGUCCAGCACAGCACAGAGGUUUUGAAUAUGGUAGAAGUGGAAAUCCAACUCGAAAUGUAUUAGAAUCAUGUCUUGCUGCUGUUGAAAAUGGAAAACAUGGUCUUGUUUUUUCAUCUGGUUUAGGAGCUCUCACUGCCUUAACAGCAAUGUUAGAACCUGGCGAUCAUCUUAUUUGUGGUGAUGAUGUUUAUGGUGGGACAAAUCGUUUUUUACAAAAAUGCAUAAUGGGUAUUAAAGUGACAUUUGUCGAUGCUUCCAUAACACAAAAUGUUCUUAAUGCCCUCAGGCCAAACACAAAGAUGGUUUGGUUGGAAACUCCGACGAAUCCAUUAAUGAAAUUAGCUGAUAUCGAAGCUGUUUCUAAAGGAAUUAAGUCUAUCAGAUCGGACGUAAUUUUAGUUGUUGAUAAUACAUUUUUAACAUGUUAUUUUCAGCGACCUUUGGAUCUUGGUGCUGAUAUUGUAAUGUAUUCUUUAACAAAAUACAUGAAUGGCCAUUCAGAUGUAAUUAUGGGCGCAGCGAUUACAAAAAGAGAAGAUUUGGAGCAAAGAUUACGUUUUAUUCAAAAUGCAAUGGGUAUUGUUCCUUCACCAUUUGAUUGUGCACAAGUGAAUCGUAGUUUGAAAACUUUAGAAAUAAGAAUGCAACAGCAUAUGAAAAAUGGAUUAGCAGUUGCUAAAUUUUUAGAAAAUCAUCCAUUUGUCACUAAAGUAAUUCAUCCAUAUCUUCCAUCUCAUCCACAAUAUGAAUUAUCAUUGAGACAAACAACAGGACAUAGUGGAAUGAUUUCAUUUUAUAUUAAAGGCGAUUCACAUAAAUUUUUAAGAUCAUUGAAACUUUUUAUAUUAGCAGAAUCGUUGGGUGGUUUUGAGUCACUUGCUGAACUUCCAUCUAUAAUGACUCAUGCAUCCAUCCCAGAUGACGAAAGAGAGAAAUUGGGUAUCACUGAUCAGCUAAUAAGGCUCUCAAUUGGCCUUGAAACAGAAAAUGAUUUAAUCGCUGAUCUUGAUCAAGCACUGAAAGCUUCUCAAUAAAUUUAGAAAAUUAAAAUUUAAUGCGCAAGCAGUAUCUGCUUUUUUAAACUCUUUGAUGAAUUUAAUUUU